AUGUGGUCGGCCACUGCAGUUUUUCGGCGACUCGGGGAGGCCUCCCUCGCACCGUUCCGGUGGUACCAUCGCCGCCUCACCGAGGCCCCCCUCUUGGUCAAGUCCCUCACCUCCGGCACAGUGAUCGCCUCGGCCGACCUACUCUCCCAGCGACUGCGCCGCCCGCCGCCCCUGUCCGAACAUGAGACCCACCGCGCCAACAAGGCCGGCGAGGUCACCCACGAGCGCUGGUGGAAUGCCAAGCAGACCAUGUGGAUGGCCCUCUACGGCUCCCUCUUCGUCGCCCCGUUCAGCCACUCCUGGUACCAGGCUUCCGAUGCCGGUGGCACCGUCGGUGACGGUCAAGCUUCGGCGGGUGAGGACAUGCAAACGAUAUGGACGAAGACAAAGGCCGACUUCACGCGCGUCCUCCUGGCCGGUGCGACCAUCUGGCCGCCGGCGCAGAUGGUCAACUUCUUCUUCGUGCCGCUGCCCUACCGCGUGCUCUUCAUGAACAUGGUGGGCUUCGGCUGGAGCACCUACACCUCGCUCGUCGCCUCUCAGGCCUUCUACCAUCCCCACCUCGCCAAGUCCGAGGAUCGUCGGCGCAGGUACAUGUGGAUGCACUCCCACCCCUACACCGGACGCGUACCCGCUCGCCCGACCUACCCCACGAUGAACAACUGA